GAGAGAGAGAGAGAGAGAGAGAGAGAGAGAGGAAAAACUGGCACACACAAGUACAGACGUACUUUAAUCUGGAAGAAAAACUUAAGAAAUACAGCACACAGACAGAAUUUGUUGACAGCUUCAACAAGAUGAGUUUAAGCUCAAUUGAAGACUCCAGAACUCCAGAUAUCAGCAACCUGAGGAUUGUCCUACUGGGGAAGACUGGAUCAGGAAAGAGUGCAACAGGGAAUACCAUCCUAGGGCAAAAGGUUUUUUCCACAAACAUAUCUGCAUCUUCUGUGACAGAGACAUGUAAGAAAGAGAUCUGCCACUUUGAUGAGAAGACUGUGAGUGUCAUUGACACCCCUGGGAUCUUUGACACAUCAUCUACAGAAGCCAAGUGGAAAAGUGAAAUAGAGAAAUGUAUGGAGCUGUCUGUCCCAGGUCCCCAUAUAUUCCUGCUGGUGUUCAGACUGGAUGUACGGUUCACAGAAGAGGAGGAGAAUGCUGUCAAGUGGAUUAAAGACAACUUUGGUGAGGAAGUCUCGAGGUAUAUGCUGGUGCUCUUCACUAGAGGUGAUCAGCUCAAGGAGAAGUCCAUUGAGACUUAUUUAUCCAAUAAUCGUAAUUUAAUUGAGCUCAUCCAUGGCUGUUCAACUCGGUACUCUGUGUUUGACAAUACAUGCAUGGAAAAUCGCACUCAGGUGGCUGAUCUGUUUGAAAAAAUAGACGAGAUAGUGCUGUUAAAUGGUGACUAUUAUACCAGAAUCAUGUAUGAGGAGGCCCAGAGAAAGAAGAAUGCAAAGCAGUGGUGGAGCAAGUGUUCAGGCUAUGUGAACUCUGUAAGUAAUCAGUUGUUUGUGGCAGCAACAGUCUCACCUGUAGCUGGUGCUGCAAUGGCAGAAGAAGCAGUAGCUUUAGCCAGACCAGCUUUAAUGCUCGCAGGUGCAGGAAUUACUAAAGCCUUCGGGAGGUGGAUGAAGCCUAAAACAUGAGACGGCUCAGUACCAAGCUAUGACCCUUUAAGGAAACGUCUGAAGUCAUUGCAUUUAUUGUUUUUACAAAUUCAUAUUUGAUAUUUGUUGUCAAGAUUUUAUAGCAUUUCUUAUUGCACUUUGAUUACAUAGUCCCAGCCUGCCUGCUUUAAACAAUACAUGAACAUAACUGACAAAUGUUUUAAUUGUGGAUGCUGUACACACUUAUCCUAAAUAUCUUUUUAUCUAUCUAAACUUUUGUGAGAACACUUUUGUAAUUUUUCUAUUUGAUUUGUAAGAAUAAAAUAAAAGAAUGUGACAACAACCUCAAAAAGUGUUGUUUGAUGUA